UUCUCAUAUCAGUUAAACACCAACUAUAUAUUUUAAAUAUUUGGGUUAUUUUCAUAAAUCAAAAGAGAAUAUAUAUAAUAUAUAUAUAUUUUAUUUAUUUAUAAGCCUUUAUUUGUGUGUAAUAUCAUCUUGAUUUCAUGGCUUGGAAGUACAAAGUGGGGCUGAUUCUUCUUGUUGCUGUUGUAGUUAUAUGGGUUGCCUCGGCCGAGAUUACACAGAGUAUUUUUACGGAUUACGAGCAUCCGUUUGUGGUGACGUAUGUUGGGACCUCCAUGUUGGUGGCUUAUCUUGCAAUUGCAUUCAUCAAGGAAUGCAUAGUGAAGAUUUUUAGAAGUCAUUUUCGAAAUGGAAAUUCCAGAAAAGUUGCAGAGCUUCAGCCUCCAUUGCCAGCUUUAGAAGAAAGAACAAACCAAUCUUCUAUAGAAGAUGAUGAUAAUAAUAAUAAUAAUAAUAAUAAUAAUAUAAUUUCAGAGGUGGGAAAUGGUGAUGUUCAAUGUGUGGUGAACAUUAUUCAAGGUGAAGAUUUAAGAGUUAAUAAUAAUAAUCAUAAUGGUGGCUGUGAAUGUGAACCUGAAAAUUUGGAGAUGACCAUAUUGAAAACAGAGGAAACAAAGUGUAGUACAAAGCAAAUUGCUGUUUUGGCUCUUGUCAUUGGUCCCAUUUGGUUUGUCUCUGAGUAUUUUACAAAUGCAGCAUUGGCAAGAACAAGCGUAGCAACCACAACCAUAUUGUUUUCAACCUCAGGAUUGUUCACACUCAUAAUCGACGCAUGCUUGGAAAGACAAUCUUUAACCAUUGUCAAUGUUGUUGCCGUCAUCGUUAGCAUGGCCGGCGUGGCCAUGACUACCGUCGGCAAGACUUGGGCUCGAGAUGAAGUCCGAUCCUCCUCGUCCGAGCAUGGAAAGCACUCGUACGUUGGAGAUAUUUUUGCUCUACUCUCUGCUCUAACCGACGGACUCUACUAUGUACUUUUGAAGAAGUAUGCAGGGGAAGAAGGAGAAAAAGUUGACAUGCAGAAAUUUUUGGGAUAUGUUGGAUUAUUCACUCUCACUACUCUCUGGUGGCUAAUAUGGCCAUUGAGAGCCAUUGGAAUAGAACCCAAAUUUAUGAUACCUCAAUCCACUAAAGUGGCAGAACUUGUGCUUGCCAAUUGCUUUGUCUCAAAUUUUGUCUCAGAUUACUUUUGGGCGAUGGGUGUUGUUUGGACAAGUCCACUUGUAGCCGCUUUAGGUGCAUCUCUAACUAUACCACUUGCCAUGUUAGGAGACAUGGUCCUCCACGGCCGACAUUAUUCUUUGAUUUACAUUUUUGGAUCCGUUCAAGUAUUUUUGGGAUUUAUGAUUGCUAACCUUUCGGAUUGGAUAUCACCGAAGUUGAAAUUGCGGAAGAAGUUCUUCAAUGGAGCGAAGUAAAUACGUGACGAGGCUGAUUUGGUCUUAUUAAUUAAUCAUAUGACUAUAUUAUAUAUAUUGGAGGGAACAAUUUCUUUCCCAAAUAAUGCUUGAGUGAUUUGUAUCACUAAAAUGGUUAAAACUUCAAGCAUAUAUAUAUAUAUAUAUAUAAAUUUUCACCAAGGAAAGAGAUUGUGUGAUGACUUACUUUGAGUUUUAAUAAGCCAAAUAAGUAUACAAGUUUUUUUCUUCUGCCAAUAUAAUAUUAUUAUAUGAACUAUGAAUUUCUUUUUCCUUUAUUAGUUUUCUUUUAUUAUUAUUUUUUUUUUCUGUUCACUCCCUGAAUUUAUUUUCUUUUGGUAAUUUUUUGGCCAGAUAUUCAUUACUUACCUAAAAACAAAAGGCUGGCUGGGAAGGUCAAAGUUUGUAAGGAAAUGGGAUGACUAAGAAUAAUGAAAGAUGCUUGUAUUUGAUUUUUCAUUAUUGGACAUAUUAUUCACCGACUUGAAAUACAUUAAUUUAUCAUAUACGGGAUAUGGAGGUUUUUUUUGGAUAAGAAU